CAUGACAAACUCAUGAAGAUUAUGGAGGUUUUCGAAUACAGCGGUGCCAGCCUAGGUGUUCUACACAAUGGAAAACUUGUCUACAAUAAGGGCCAUGGAGAGACCAGUGCAGGAGACAUCAUCAGCCCUGCCGUGCCCUUCCCCAUCUCCUCCCUGUGUGACCUGCUGACUGCAGCUGCAGUGAUGAGGCUGGUGGAGGAGGGCGGAGUCAGGCUGCAGGAUGGGGUGUUCGGACCAGAGGGGAUCCUCGGGUUUCCUGCAGCUCAGGACAUGCAGCUGUAUGACCCCAGGAUCCUGGACAUAACUGUACUGCACUUGCUGCACCAUACUGCAGGCUGGGGAAGCAGUAAGAGGUCAACAGAAUUCCACCUCACUCCAUCGCUCCACCUGUCCUCCCAUCCGAACGACUCCAGGUCCACAGCAGAUGUUGGUGUCCUGGCUGACCAGUUGGUGCAGGUUGUCCAGCCCAGCUCCCUUGACCUCAUGUCCGACCCAGGGACCAGGUUCCACCUGUCUGACAAGGAUGAGAUGCUCCUUCGGAAGGUUAUUGAGACCAUCUCGGGGCAGAGCUACCCAGACUUUGUUUCUGAACAGGUGCUUGAGUCACUUGGUAUGUGGGGUACACAACUGAGACCAGUAAAGACCACAACGUCUCAGAAGAAACUGCUGUUUGAAGAGGGUGAAAUACUUGUAGACAGACAUACUGAAGAACUUAUUCCUACAACCGAGACCUGGUAUUCAACCAUACCAGAACUGUUACGCCUUAUACAAGCAUUUGGACAAAAAACACCUUCAAGACUCCUCAAAAAAGAGACAGUGAGGAAGAUGCUAGAGAAGCCUGAGCUGCCCAUGCCUCAGCAUGUUGAGAUGUGGCAUGGUGCUGGGAUGCAGGUGAACAACAAUGGCACAUGGUGGAAGGGAGGGGGUACUGAAGGGGUGCAUGUCAUGGCAUUCUGUGAUGGACAGGGUAGACUGAAAAGAAAUCAACAAACUGCCCUGUAUGGGCAUACUAAUGGCCUUGCAAUGCAAGAAGUAUGCUGGGUAAUAUGUCUCCAUGGCAACAACCCAAUCAGUCCACCAAUUAGAAGACAGCUAGCAAACAUGAUACACAUAUAUACCACUGAAUUGCCAGAGAAAGACUUAUUCCUUCAGGGCUACACUGACAUGGUCACUGAGCUGAAAUCAGGCAAGGUGAUGGCACUGAAACAUGGAAUACCAGAUAACCACAUGAGAGCAUACUUAAAUGGUGUACACAGCUUAGGCUACGAGGUACAGUGGGUCAGUGCAUACAGUGUUCAGAACAAGGCACAUUUUGCCGUGAUUCUCAGAAAGAGUGAGAAUGGGACUUCUCAAGUGGUAGGGUUGUAUCCAUCUAAGAAACAACUCUCGAAGGCUGUAAGAGAGUUGGAGACUGAGGGAUAUAGUGUAAAUUUCCUGACCAGCUAUACCGGGGAACCAUGUCAUAAAGUCUGCUUUGUUGUCACUUUUAUCCACAAGCCUGCCCCAAGCCUUCAGCAGACUAAAUUCAGAUGGGAGAAAACCUUAGACAAAUACGAAGGUGACAAGAGAGAUAAGAUGACAGCGGGGUAUGUCAUCAGUAUGCAGAGUGUAGUAUCAGUACAUGACCAACUCUACUUGUCUUACACACUUGAGAAACAGAGGGAUGUCUCAAAGACUGCUGUGUACACAGGGCUAACCCUCUCAGAGCUUCAAACAGCUAUACAUACCAAUGGCUUGUCUGAGAAGACAUUGGCUCAUCUGGAUCCUUAUAAAACAAGUGAUGGCAUAAGGUUCUCUGCUGUGUUUAACACAAACAGAUAUGGAAAAUGGACUUUUCAUGGAAAGUUAACCAAUGAGUUGUUGGAACAAGAGAUGGGCAGGAGUACCAGGUUUGGCUAUGAACCUUGUAACUUUGUUGGGUAUGAAGAAGAUGGUGAGAUAUACUAUGCUGUUAUGUGGAUGCUGUCCUAGUUGUAUGUGUUGACAAUGGGUAUAUACAUUAUGUCUUCAACUCUGAAAACAGUUUAGACAUAUGUACAUGUUCAUGUUGUUAUAGGGACUCCAGUCCAUGAUCUUUGACAGCGGACACAUGAUGUAAAUACUUCUAGCCAAACUAUAAAAUUAUUGUGCUUAUUUCUAAUGGUUGGUGACCGUGUUGAGUACAACAAACAAGUACUUGCUUGGCAUUUGAAAAUUGUACUGUACCGUAGGUUUUUGUCUUUUUUUAUUGAAUAAAAUAUGAUGUAUUCUGUUAUCAACAA